CUGUGUACACAUGGUGUUGCAAGUACACGCUUAGUCCGCAGUAACAUACACACAUACCACACAGAGACAGAGAGAGGAGAAAGGGGAAAAGGUGAACAGUUUGCAGUGAGCUCAGGGCUAUCUCUUGCAGCAAUGCUUCACAGACUGACUCUCCUCGUUGUUGUGCUGUCCAUCCAGCUCGGUCCAUGGACUCUCGGUACAGCAGCUGACGAACUGGCCUCGCUCAUGGAGGAGAAGAACACCUCACUGACAUCUCGGAGGAUGAGACUGGCUGCACAGAAUUCAGCUGACAUAAUCCGGUGCCUGAAUAAUGCACUCCAUGUGGGCUGUGGCGCAUUUGCCUGUCUGGAGAAUUCAACCUGUGACACCGAUGGGAUGUACGAUAUCUGCAGGUCCUUCCUGUUCAACGCUGCCAAGUUUGACACUCAGGGAAAAGCCUUCGUCAAGGACAGUUUGAAGUGCAUUGUUAACAGCAUCACUUCUAAGGCCUUCUUCACCAUUCGGAGAUGCUCUACCUUUCAGAAGAUGAUUGCAGAUACUCAGGAGGAGUGUUAUAAGAAGCUGGACAUCUGUACAAUGGCAAAACACAACACUGCAGCAAUAACAGAAGUUAUUCAGCUCCCGGAGUAUUUCAGGAACAGAUAUUAUAACAAGCUGCUGAAGAUGCUGCUGGAGUGCGAUGAGAGAACUGUGAGCAUAAUCAGGGAGAAAGUGAUGGCCAGCCUGGGAUCGCACUUGUCCGGUUUCAUUAACCUGCUGCAGAGUGACCACUGCUUGUCCUCAAUGCCACAUAGCGCCGCCCGCAACAGACGCUCCGCCAUCGAACCCCAGAAACUGCAUCUCUUCCUCCGAAACUCCAAGGCAACCAGCCGCCUGGCUUCCAAGCUCUCGUCGAGUGAGAACGAAUGAUACUGGAGCAGGGGUGGGGUUGGAGAGCUAAAGAACGAGAGAGAGAGAGAGAGGGAAGGAAGGAGGGAGGGAGGGAGGAGGCCUCAACCCCGACCACAGCACCAAGGUGUCUUCAGUGAAACGGGUCCUGUUCAUUUCUUGGCAGUUAACAGGGAGCAAGUGCCCACGUCCAGUUCAGCCAGCAAAAACCAAGUGGUGACUAGUGCAUAAAAUCUUUAAAGUGGCAAGUGCCAGUCCAACUACAAAAUGCAAAUACAAGUCAGGUCAAAUCUCAUCUCGGUCAAGCACUAGCCUUAACAUCUCCAAAUGCCCUUUGUGAUUCCUCUGGUAGAUUUUUUUUUUGUUAAUUUGUUCACAACAUGUGCACGCCGCUAGCGGGGCCAGCAUUUCUGACCUAUCCCUGAUUGCCCAGAGGGCGGCUGAGAGUCAACCAAGCUGUUGUGGGUCUGGACUCACACGUAGGCCAGACCGGGUAAGGAUGGCAGCUUUCCUUCCGUAAAGCACCCUGGUGCCCUUGACAUUGUGAAGUGUUAGUGUUCUGCCUGUGCCAAAAUGGGAGAGAGAUGAGACCAAACCCAAAGCAGCCAUCACGGUCAGACUGGGCAUUUUCACUCAGACCUGAUUCAGAGCCCUGCCUGAACCACAGACGCAGGGACAUCAAUUGGAGUACAGGAAACAUUCAACUCCCCAGCAUCACCGAUAUUUCUCAGUUCAGACAUUCCCUGCAUCAAGACUUCAGUCAGAUUGUGUUAGGACAUUUCAACCAGGGUCUGGCCAGCACAGGCAAGGCCCUUAGGGACCACAUGUCAACAGGAAACUCCAGUCCCUGAUGCAGCUCGAGGCAGUCACUUCCGUUAGGCCUGUAUCUCCAGAAAGGCAGCAAUCCUUAAUAGGCAUCCGAGAUCUCAUCAGAGAUUGGGACUGCCCACACCAACUCCACCCAAGAGAUGAAGAGGAGUCCCAAAUGGUAACACAGAGAGUGCUGGAAUUUGUCAGCAGGGUCUGUCAGGGGGAGAGGGGGAAGAGAGAGAGGGAAUGUGUCAGCCCUGUGACCUCUCCUCUGAAUUGGUGAAAGGAAGAAUUGGAACAAGAGGUGGCUAGCAAAGAGACAGAAGUAUUUGUUCUAUUAUGCACCUUCUGUAAAGUAUUGCAACUACCUCUGGAUUCACACUGAGUUCAACCAUUUCAGUCUAUGAACUCUGCCUCCCAUUGACAUCACAGGGAUAGCUUCCUUUUCCGAGAGACAGUAGCCAGUCUACUUUAGGAACUUAUCCCAUCUCCACUUCCCUCGGGUCCUGUGCUUUUCCCUGUCCCUGACCUUCCCUGACCAGCCCUUUGCCCCCAGCCUACUAGAUUUCUAACCUUCCAGGGAGAGAUCACAAACCUGAAAUGUUCAUUCUGUAUCCCCCUUUCCACACAGAUCUUAACAAUUAAAACCACUUCCCCUUUCUGGCACCUGUCUCAAUCCAAUUCAUCAAAUCAGCACACAGUCCUUCAGCCCAUCAAGUCUGUUCUGGUUGUAUGGAAGAGCUAUCCAGGGAGUCCCAGUUGCAACAAGGCAUUAGUCCAAUCCCUUAAAUAGCCCCAAACAGGCAGGGAGGCUGCUGCAGGUAUUGGAGAUAUAACACACUGAUUCACAGGUGAGGCAUGUUUUACAAGGAGAUUCCUUCAGAAUCUAACACUCCAUGUCAACGUCAGUGACAUUCCAUGCUUUAGUUCAUCACUGUGGCAAGGAGGAUACACAAAGGAUUCAACAUUGCUUUGGAAAUGGAGCUGAAUCCCCCCUUUUCCUCAGGGACACGCUGUUUUUAAUUGGAGUUUCUCAGCUGGGGAGAGGUCUCACCUCUCAGGCACAACCCCUUGUCCUAAAUAGGACUAAGAUGGACUGUCAGGCACAAUGCUGAGGGAUAUCUGCAGGGGAGCUGGCUUUCAGAGCAUGCCCCAUCUGCCUGUUCCAGUGGAUGUUAAAGAUCACACAGCACCAUCCCAAAAGAAAACAGGAGAGCUUAACCCCGGUGUCCUGACCAAUAUCUAGGCCUCAGUUGACAUCCCAAGGUCGUUGUCACAUUGACAGUAAGAAGGGGUGUUGGCAGAACAGGGGUGUGGCUCUGGUUUCAAUAUCUCCCAGCUCAGAAGACGUACACUCUCUGAGGACCAGAGAGAUUUUUUUCCAAUCAACCUGGUCAGAGAUGUUAUGACACACUUCUGGAGGGGGCACAGGACUUGAACCUGGAUCUUCUACUUCAUAGGUAGGGACAC